AUGGCUCAAGAAGCACAGCUCCCCGAUGGCGACGGUACACACCGUCCAUGGGGAGAAACUCCAUCCCCAGUUCCAGGUGACCACCACUUUGGAAAGUCAUCUGGAGUUUCUUUUUCCCUCCAAGAGUAUCUCAAGGAUGAGAAUGGUCUAGAACGGUGCAUAGCAGGCUUGCCCGAAGAUUAUCGACGUUCCAGCUCCCCAGAGCGUUACACAGUCCGCGAAGUGGUGCAACUCGACACGCAUGGUCGUCCCCCCAUCUUGGUCACCGAUUCUGCGACAAAUGCGGGCCUUUCAGAGUCGGACUACGUCGAGGUGGACUAUGCAGAAGUGAUGCGAGCGCCUAAUGGAGCGGCGUCGGAUAAUGAAGGCCUGGACGCCAUUGUUAAUGAAGUAAUUUCCCUUGGUUCUAGAUCUACGCAGUCCAGUGCACCCUCAGAAUCAACGACAUCAUCACAGCCAUCCAACAGGUCCCUUCUUGACCCUUCGCUGGCCCCUCCAUCAAGUUCUGUUCGUUAUGCGUCUCUUCACCGCCAGUUGCUGGAAGCCGGCCUGGCUGGGCUUGGAGAUGAGGAAAAUGGAUUCCAGCUGUACUAUCGGUAA